GUGGCCAAAGACGCAGCUGGGCCUUUGCGGUGCUGACUGUGAACGCGAUCGCUGUCGUCCGCUAAAACUUUACUCCUCUCGACAACGUCACAGCGAUCCUCGUCACCACCUAGCACAACUGCGGAAGAAAUGUCGGUCGUGAACGUGGAGCACAUCACGUUCGGCGUGUUGAUGGCGGCCAACCUGGGUCUGGGCCUGUAUUUCGCCUUCUCGCGGCGGGCCCGCAAGGUGUCCACGGCCGACGAGGUGUUUCUGGGAAGCCGCAGCAUGGGCACGCUGCCACUGGCUGUGUCCGUGCUGGCCUCCAUGAUCUCGGCCAUCGGCGUCAUCGGCUUCGGGGCACACUACUAUGCGCACGGAUUCCACUACGCCUGGAGCCUGGUGUCGGCGCCGCUUCUUGUGCCCGUCGUCACGCUCGUCAUCAUCCCUGUGCUCUACAAGCUUCGCGUCACGUCUGUCUUCGAGUACCUGCGCCUUCGAUACGGCAACAAAGUGGGCCUAGGUGCUUGCCUCAUCUAUUUAUUUCUCAGCCAAACCAUUGGCGCAGUGGCCCUAUUCUCGGCAUCCGUUGCGGCCGCCACAGUCUUUCACCUGCCCAUAAUAUGGACGACACUGGGCAUUGGAGUAGCGGGAACUAUCUACACGGCACUGGGCGGGCUUCGAGGCGUAGUGUGGACAGACUGUGUGCAGGCCAUCCUAAUCCUGAUGGCACCUGUGACAGUCAUUGGAAAAAUCAUCUACGACUCGAGACGUAUGGAUGUCUUGCUAAGGCCACUGAGUGACAUAAACAUGAAGGAGUACGCUUUCAGGAUGAACCUCGACUUCACGAAUGAUGAAAACUUUUGGUCUUGCUUUCUUGGCCUACUCGUCCACAAUCUACUUCGCACUGGCAUAGAUCAGAGCGUCGUCCAGAGAUACAUGGCAUCCAGGAGCCUCAAGGAGGCGCAAAGGACGAUGUGCAUAGGAGUCUUCCUCAACAUUAUCUACAUGACUGUCAUUGGAGCGAUGGCGAUGGCCUUGAUAUACUGGUACCGAGACUGUGAUCCCGUAUUGACUGGCGAAAUCAAGAAGUACGAUGAGAUUUUGCCCUACUAUGUCAAGGAACACCUCUUCAGUUUCCCGUGUUUUUCUGGACUUUUCCUGACGGGUGUCGUCAGUGCGGCCACAAGUACAGUAUCAUCCAUUAUCAAUUCUCAAGCAGCUGUGUGCUACAUGGACGUGGUCUCUAUGUUCGUCAAACUCGAAAAUCAUACGGCCAGCCACUUCACGAAGGGACUGGCGUUUCUCUUCGGAAUCAUCAUGACUAUCUAUUCAAUGAUAGUGCCCUACCUUGGAUCAGCAGUUCACGUGGUCGUCGUUAUGCACAACGGAGCUUCCGGUCCAUUUGUCGGGAUGUUUCUCUUGGCCUUCUUAUUCCCAUGGGCGAACAGCAAGGGUGUGGUUGCAGGCACACUCCUCACAACGGCCCUGCAGUUCUGGCAAAUGUUUGGAAAGAUCUAUUAUGGUAUCCGAGCACCCAUGAUGCCAGUCAGCACGGACUACUGCCCCACUAACUCAACUAUGGCAGUAGACGCGAUGCAUACAUCAUCCUAUUCCGCUGCUCACAGCGAUGCAGAUGUGUUCCCGUUGUAUCGUUUCUCGUCGAACUGGGGAGUCUUGGCUUCUGCGGGACUCACAAUACUCGUCGGUAUGAUCGUCAGCCUCCUCACAGGUGGAAGGGAAGUAACUGAGAAGCACACACAGUUAACGAGUGAUAUUUUUGUCUCUCUAUGGAGAAAACUGGGCCUGCUACCACGAUACGAAAAGGCAAAGAUCGCGGAGGUUCUACCCAUAGAUGACGACUCAGCGUCAGACACGAAAACGACCUUGACACUACUGGGCAACGAGAGCUUUGUGUAGGAACGAAGUUUUAGAAUUCAGCACAACAAUUCGCACUCUGGUAUGUCACACAGGCCACACGCAAAUGAUUCUCCCAGCUUCUAACGAGUAACAAGCUGGAAUGACGGAGCAAGAAACAUUUAAAAGGUUUUAAUCCCGUCAUUACCAGCGCACGGGGCGACCAGAUAAUGUCACAGGAAUAGCAUGCACCGACGAGAGCACAUCAAGUGGCGGUUCUUUGCGGCACGGAGCAGCAGCCACAAAGCGAAAGAAAAAGAAACAAGAAAAUGAAAAAAGUCGGUCGAGCAUGUCCGCACGCCCUCAAACUGGUAGGUGUUCUGUGACGCCCUCUCUUCGGCAGCGUGUUUGAGGAGACGACACCGGCGUUGGCCGCGGUCUUCCUAUUUUCUUUAUUUUUCUUUUGCAACAGUGAAGUUGUAAUAAGUUGACCCUUCGUUGUUGUCGUAACGCAGGUUGGCGAAGAGAAUGUGCCGAUGCAGAGGAGCUUACAGGAGGUGGCGGAAGAAGGCGACUAGGGAGAGAAAUUGGUUUAGCAUAAAAGGUGCACCGGAGAGGCGGUAACGCGAGGCCUUGCAGCGGGCAAGUAGAAGAGGCGCGACAUAAAAAAGGCGUUUACGUGUGCCGUGUCCUUUCCAAAAACGGGCGAGAUUUUACGUACUCCUAAUGAAAAAGUAGGUAGAAGCCGCUCGUCGCGAGCGGUAGCAGGAGUUGGCACGAGAGCGCCUCACUGUUUCGGUAGCUUUCACUGCGUGAAAAUGACUUUACUUUUUUUAAGCCCGUAGCGCUUUAGAGGUCCAGAUCGUACACAGUUCAAUCAUAAGUUUUAUGAAGCGCAUGAAAUUAAGAGGUCAAUACAGGACUAAAGCAAGGCUACCUAUGCUCAAAACAAUGGUAAAAUCAAUUAGCCCGGAAUAAAAAGUAUAAUCGAUAGAAAAAAAAACUAACAAAUUAAUACAUUAACCUAUAGCUAAAGCGCUGUGGAAACAUGCGGCUGACGCCUGCGCAUCAUAAUCAAGGGCUCUAUCAUCUCGCUGUGCGCACGAUUUCUCCCAAAGCCACAUCUUACGGGGAAUUAACCUGAUGUACCUCAUUGACAACGACACGUGUUUCAACUCCCGCAAGAAGCUAAAACUCGUUAAGAGAAGCGAAAUUAACGCUCCUAUGGCAUACCGAGUUUGCUUAUCUCACUAACAAGAUUCUGCUCGUGGCUGUAAGUACUUGCAGUCUUCCCUCAAACCUUAACAUUAUCGACAGAUUGGAAAUGGAGCAGUGGGAACUCUGCGAACCUGAAUCGCUGUGUACCCGUGCUACGCACUUCCUCAUGUUUCGCAAUGAUGGAGCUGCAUUUAGUGCAGCUGCGUUUAACGACACCAAUCGCUACACAAGAGCGACAUUGUGUUGUGUCACUGACUGCGCGCUGAAGCAAGGAGUCCGCGGCGUCCGAUCAAGGAGCGCAAGUAACCCAGCAUGAUCCAUUCUCACGCUCCAUGUGUCUGCAGCCGAGCAGAUAGCAACGCACGCAAGUGGUUUCUUUGACAACUGAAACAGCAGAAGUUUCCUUGCCGUUAGCCAGGUGCCGUUUGCACAAGUUGGCUCCGCAGGAGCGUGACAUUAUUUGGUUGCCGCGAAUAGCGGAGUUUUGAGUCCUAAAGAUUUCUCGCUCCCUGGCUAGAGUUCAGCACGUUACUUGAUCCCCUGAUAUACGGGUCUGUCUCAGAAACUAGCUGCAAUAAAUGGGGGCAACUUCAACUUUGGCACCUCAAAUCAA